GCGGAAGUCUUCUUCUGACGACAUUUGUUUUUGAAAAAAGGCUAGUGGAAGGAAAAUGGAGCACAAGACUGAGACUAGUCACAAGCUGGUGUUUGAGAAGGAGGGGGUGUACCUCCACACCAAUGCUAAGAGGAGCAACCAGGACACCACAAUCCCAGGAUUCAUCCGUAUAGUGGAACGGGGUGGGGACCCAGCUUUGGAGUGGAGCGCACUAGAGGACGAGGGUCGAAAUGCUCCUGCUGUAUUCUACACUAAAAAGGAUGGAGAAGGAGGGGUGGAGGACACCAACUUUGACCCUGGCUAUGAGCCAGACUGGGCAGUCAUCAGCACAGUGAAGAGAGACCGAGUCAGAGAGCACCCCCCCGUCAAAGACACAAGCCAGUGGUCGUUCUCCCUGCCUCUGUCGGAGCUGUACUCUCUGCGACGGUCCCGUUUCUCCCUGGCCCGUAACUUCCUGGUUUUUACCAGCAGGGGUGGCCACCCCCUCCCUCCUCUGCACUUCCACAGGGGGGGCACCAGGGAGCUGCUGAGGGCCCUGCAGCGUUACAUCAUCCUGGCCCCAUCCCCUGUAGAUGGUCGUCUCUUCCUAGCGUAUCCCCAUGACUCUGGGGCUCUCUCUCAGUCCUUUGAUGAGCUGCAGCUCUUUGACGAUGGAAGCUCCGACCUCGUCUCUAGGUUUAUCCAGGACCCUUAUGCCACCACCUUUGGGGGAUUCUCCAAGGUCACCAACUUCUUCAGAGGGGCUCUACGACCACCAGAUUCCCCCUUCUACCCCCGUGGCCCUCAGGACCACCAUGGGCCCCCUUCAGCUGACGACGAACCAGGCUUUGAGCUAAUUUCCUGUGGGGUGGAGCUUGGCCCUAAACCAGAUGUAACCAGGGGACAGCCUCUCGACAAAUGGGAGGAGUUCCUGGACCCAGAGGGGCGUGUGAAGGACCCACAGCGAAUCAAAGAGCUGGUCUUCAGGGGGGGUAUCACGCCAUCCCUGAGGAAGGACGUGUGGAAGUUUCUGCUGGGUUUCUAUCCCUGGAAUAGUACUGUGAAAGAGAGGGAGGACAUUCUGAGGAUGAAAACAGAUGAGUAUUUCAGAAUGAAGGUUCAGUGGAAGUCAGUCAGUGAAGAGCAGGAGAUGAGGAACUCCCUCCUCAGAGGAUAUCGCAGCCUGAUAGAAAGGGAUGUGAGUAGAACAGACAGACACAACAUCUUCUUCUCUGGCAAUGACAACCCAGGCCUGACUCUUCUCAAUGACGUGCUGAUGACAUAUUGCAUGUUCAACUUUGAUCUGGGCUAUGUCCAGGGGAUGAGUGACCUCUUGGCUCCUCUCCUGUUCGUCACCCAGAACGAGGUGGAGUCCUUCUGGUGUCUGACAGGCUUUAUGGAGAUGGUGCACCAGAACUUUGAGGAGUCUCAGGAGGCCAUGAAGCAGCAGCUCCUCCAGCUCAGCCUGCUGUUGAAGGCUCUGGACCCUGAGCUCCUUGACUACCUGGACUCCCAGGACAGUGGCUCUCUGUGCUUCUGUUUCCGUUGGUUACUGAUCUGGUUUAAGAGAGAGUUCUCCUUCGAGGACAUCCUGUCCCUUUGGGAGGUUCUUUGGACUCGUCUGCCCUGUGAAAACUUCCAUCUGCUGAUGGCCGCUUCCAUUCUGGAAUCACAGAGGGGGGAGCUCAUCGGCUCUGACCACGACUUCAACACUAUUUUGAAGCACAUCAAUGAACUGACCAUGAAGCUGGAUCUGCAGACAGUUCUUCGAGGAGCUGAAGCUAACUACCUACAGUUGGCCUGCUGCAAAAAGCUGCCAGUGAAGGUGCAGGAGGUCAUUGGUCUGUACGUUCCCCCCAGCUCUGAUGACGAGACGAGCCCAGAAUCAGAGUCACACGAGACGCAGCAGCUUCUCAGCCAAUCACAGGCAGCAGCUACGGAAACGAGCCAGUCAAGUAAUGGCGCUGCAGCUGCAGCACACCCUCGCCCUACCUACCCGUAACUCUGAAGAACUGGGUGAUUGACAUGAGGAGCGAAAGCCAUGAACCGCUGUGAGGUGUUUUAUAUAGGAAGAUAUAAGCUCAGUGGCCAGUUUAUUAGGUACACCCAUCUAGUACUGGGUAGGACACCGUUUGCCUCCAGAACAGCCUGAAUUCUUCGGGGCGUGGAAAUGUUGCUCAAUUGAUAUCAAGGGGCCUAACGUAUGACAGGAAAACAUUCCCCACACCAUUAAACUACCACCACCUACCUGUUCCAUUGACACCAAGCAGGAUGGGUCCAUGGACUCAAGCUGCUUACACCAAAUCCUGACUCUGUCGUCAACAUGACGCAACAGGAAUCGUGAUUUGUUGGACCAGGCAAUGUUUUUCCACUCCUCAAUUGUCCAGCGUUGGUGAUCGCGUGCCCACUGGAGCCGCUUCUUCUUGUAUUUAGUGGAUCCCGGUGUGGUCGUCUGCUGCAAUAGCCCAUCCAUGAAAAGGACUGGCGAGUUGUGCGCUCCAAGAUGCCAUUCUGCACACCGCUGUUGUACUGCGCCAUUAUUUGGCUGUUUGUGGCCCGCCUGUUAGCUUGCACGAUUCUUUCCAUUCUCUUUCGACCU